UAGGAAGGAAGCUCAGCUGUCCCCGCCCGGCCGCUUCCUGCUGGCGCCUGUUGUGGUUCCGGGGCAGGCGUAGCAUGGAGCCGGCGGCCGAGGGCGAUGCAGAGAUGCUGGGGACACCCGACCCGGAGCUGGCGUCCACCAUGGGCUUCUCCGGCUUCGGGAAGAAGGCUCGGACUUUCGACCUCGAAGCCAUGUUUGAGCAGACGAGAAGAACUGCAGUGGAGAGGAGCAGGAAAGUCUUGGAGGCCCGUGAAAGAGAAAGAGAAGAGCAGACUGAAAAGGAGUUCAGAAUUCAAUACGCUGCUUCAGCAUCCAGUGCAACAGGACCUGGGUCCACAUUAACUGAAAGAGAGGCAGUGUGUAGUGAAAGUGAGGACAACUCAAACGAGGUGUUAAGUGGUCCUUCUAUGCAAUCCCAGAGUUCUGCUAAAGGUCCAGCUGAGGAUACUGAUGAUGAUGAUGAUGACGACGACGAUGAUGAUGAAUUCAUCGGGCCACCACUUCCCCCUGGGUUCAAGGAUAGUGAUGAUGACAAUGACAAUGAUGAUACAGAGGAGGAAGAUAAUAACCCUGUCAAGAAAAUCCCAGAUUCUCAUGAAAUUACUCUCCAGCAUGGAACAAAGACAGUUUCUGCUUUGGGGUUGGAUCCUUCAGGUGCUCGUUUGAUAACUGGUGGAUAUGAUUAUGAUGUAAAAUUUUGGGAUUUUGCUGGAAUGGAUGCCUCUCUCCAAGCUUUUCGGUCACUCCAGCCUUGUGAAUGUCACCAGAUCAAGUCUUUACAGUAUAGCAGCACAGGAGAUGUCAUUCUCGUUGUCUCUGGUAACUCUCAGGCAAAAGUUCUUGACAGAGAUGGCUUCCCGGUAAUGGAAUGCAUAAAGGGAGACCAGUACAUUGUGGAUAUGACAAACACAAAGGGUCACACAGCAAUGCUCAAUUCAGGCUGUUGGCAUCCAAAGAUAAAGGAAGAAUUUUUGACGUGUUCUAAUGAUGGAACUGUGAGGACUUGGGAUGUUAACAAUGAAAAAAAGCACAAAAGCGUAUUUAAGCCGCGAUCAGCUCAAGGUAAACGAGUGAUUCCUACAACUUGCACGUACAGCAGAGAUGGGAAACUUAUUGCAGCUGGCUGUCAAGAUGGCUCUAUCCAGAUCUGGGACAGAAAUAUGAAUGUACAUACAAAGUUCCACUGCAGGCAAGCCCAUGCUUCAGGCACUGACACUUCUUGUUUGACAUUUUCCUAUGAUGGUACUGUCCUUGCCAGCAGAGGAGGAGACGAUACUUUAAAGAUAUGGGAUAUUAGACAAUUUAAAAAACCUCUUAAUUCAGCAGAUGGACUGCCCAGCUUCUUUCCAAUGACAGAUUGUUGUUUCAGUCCAGAUGAUAAGAUCCUUGUCACAGGCACCUCUGUUAAGAAGGGUGGUGGCAGUGGGAAGCUGUUUUUCUUUUAUCGUGAGACCUUCCAGAAGCUGUAUGAGAUAGAAGUUACAGAUGCCAGUGUUGUGCGUUGCCUUUGGCAUCCCAAGCUGAACCAGAUCAUGGUUGGUACCGGAAAUGGUUUAGCCAAAGUGUACUAUGAUCCUGUCAAAAGCCAGAGGGGAGCAAAAUUAUGUGUGGUCAAAACAAAACGGAAAGAGAGACAAGCAGAGACUCUCACGCAGGAUUACAUUAUAACACCCCAUGCGCUUCCAAUGUUCCGUGAACCACGACAACGAAGCACGAGGAAACAGCUGGAGAAGGAUAGGUUGGACCCCAUGAAGUCUCACAAACCCGAACCUCCAGUAGCAGGAGCAGGUCGUGGUGGCCGUGUUGGGACUCAUGGGGUCACCCUGUCAUCAUAUAUAGUCAAGAACAUUGCCCUGGACAAGACAGAUGACAGCAAUCCUCGAGAGGCCAUUCUACGUCAUGCAAAGGAAGCAGAGGAAAAUCCAUAUUGGGUGGCUCCAGCAUAUGCUAAAACACAGCCAAAAACAGUUUUUGCAGAAGUGGAACCAGAAGAUGAUGAAACAGACAAGCCAGAGUGGAAAAAACGUAAAAUUUGAAAAAUAAUUUGUUGAAAGAAUAAUUUUGGAGCAUUUGAAACAAGAUGAAACAUUUAUUUCUUUAUUUGGUAUAGUGGGUCAAAAUUUGAAAGCAAGCAUUACUUCAAUUUAUAAAACUUGCUUCAGUAUAAAAGAGAUUGUUGAAUUACAUUGGCUUAAUCCCACAUCUGAAUUUUGUAAUAAGGAAUUACUUAUAUUAUGCAAAUAACUCAUGUAUGUCAGUUACUUAGCUUUGUGAGUUAAGUGAAAAACAUUUCUUUAUAAAUAGUGAAUUCAUUAUAUUGCCAUAUGUUGGGGUUUUUUUUCAUUACUGCCAACUUUACAAAUGCCAUGUCAUGACUGUGGAAGAGUUAGGGAUCUUGCGAGCUGAAGAUCUCGGGCUGUACGGGUAGUUAGGAAGGCCCCUCCUCACCCUGAAGUCAGACCCUUGCUCCACACCCGGCCGCACCCAGCCGGACAUGAGUCAGGGAAGUGACACAGGCUGCCCAAGCCGUAAGUACCCCUGAGACCCUGCAAUAAACGCCAUUUUGCUGUCCACCACAUUGGUGUCUGUAGCAGUGGACCGAGUGACCCUGUCGGGUUUGCGUCACCGUGACGGUGUCCGGAACCAGGCCACCACGCCGAAGCCGCAACAAUUGGUGCUGAAACUCCAGGAAUCACCACCCGGAGUCCGGGAUCGCCUGGACAGGGACCGGCGGCUGCACAGCUGGACUAGUGCAGCGGGGGGGAUGCCCCCGGACCAGCGAGGGACAUGGAAGCAAUCGCGAAGGACAUGCUCGUGGGGCGUCCUCGUGACGCGUACAUCCCCGUUCCAGAGGACAGACCACCAAGCCGUCCGGCAGCGCCCGAGAGACCCGCAUGGGUGAGACUCAAGCAUCAACGGUGUUUCUGUGUGCUCUUGCUGUUGGGGCUUGUCGCCAAAGGGCAAGCCAGCCCAGACCACUACCCUCAUCAGCCAUUCAGGUAGGUCAUACGACACCUUAGCAGUGACAAGGUGCUCAAAGAAAUCACCCCACCGAACACCCCAUCUUUCGUUCUUCACUUUACUGACCUGUUUCUAGGACGACCAAAGGUAGACCCCUAUUCCCCACACGUCACACAAACGCACAUAUCCUACUGGUGUCCAGCCUCAAACCCAGGAAAAAGCUAUUGCAAUCACCCAGGGUGGGGAUACUGUGGGCAUUGGGGCUGUGAAACCAUUGUUACAGAUGCCAGACCGACAGGGCCUGGGUGGGAUCCACAAGAGCCCGACAGAUUCUUACGGUUCACUUGGGCACCCACCGGCUGCAAAACACCCUUCUUCUUCCGUGGAAAUUUCCAUCGAAACAGCCAUAAAAUCCCUAAAUUUCGGAAAUGCACCGACUACAGCAUGACGGUUUUGCAGCCAGAUCACCCCAGUUGGACCACAGGCAAAACGUGGACAGUAGUCAUUCAAGGGUCGAAAGAGUGAGUGAAUGUGCAAGUAAUCAGACUCCCAGCCUCUAUGUCCCAAUCAGUCGGAUCCAAUCCGGUUCUAGUAGUGAGUAAACCCAGGGAAGAGAUCGCAGCUAACGGUAGUUCUAGCCGCGAAACACAGAGGCCGGAACUAGUCUCCCCAUCCGAUCUCUUAACCGAACCAAACCUUUCCAAUCCAUUCAUAAGCGUGUUAAAUGCUACCUUCAUAUCGUUAAACCAAUCCAACCCAAACUUCACAGAAUCAUGCUGGUUAAGCUAUGAUGCACAACCCCCUUUUUACGAAGGCGUUGCCUUCGAUCUCCCAUUCAUCUUCUCAAAGUCAAACAAUCCACGCCAAUGCAGAUGGGACACCCCCCGGAGAGGCAUCACCCUAAGUCAAGUUACGGGCCAAGGCAAAUGCUUUGGCAAUGCAACCUUGGCAAAGCAGAUGGGCAAUGUCUGCAAGGAAUUCGGCAAAGUUAAGGGAGGGAAGUUCCAGUGGGUGAUCCCAGCUGCAUCGGGAAUGUGGGUCUGUCACCGAUCCAGGGUAAGCCCAUGUGUACUCCUUGAAAAAUUCGAUCAUUCUAACGACUUUUGUGUCCAAGUUCUAAUUGUCCCUAGGGUCCUGUACCACUCAGACAAAGAAGUGUACUACCUUUUUGAAGAAACCAGCAGGCUCCACAAAAGAGAAAUAAUGACAGGUCUAACUGUAGCCAUGCUGGUCGGCCUAGGAGCAGCUGGAACAGCCACAGGCAUCUCAGCCCUAGUGACCCAACACCAAGGACUGUCCCAGCUGCAAAUGACCAUCGAUGAGGACCUGCAAAGGAUCAAGAAGUCCAUCUCUUCACUGGAAAAAUCCCUUUCCUCACUCUCAGAGGUUGUUCUCCAAAAUAGGAGAGGGCUGGACCUCUUGUUCAUGCAGCAAGAGGGUCUGUGUGCUGCCUUGAAAGAGGAAUGCUGCUUUUAUGCAGACCACACCGGAGUCAUCAGGGACUCCAUGGCCAAACUGAGAAACCGGCUGAACCUAAGAAAAAUGGACAGAGAAGCUCAACAGGGCUGGUUCAAGUCGUGGUUCAACCAGUCUCCAUGGCUCACCACGCUGAUCUCUACCCUAAUAGGCCCAGUCACUAUAAUCUUACUAACCCUAAUCUUCAGGCCCUGUGUACUAAACAAACUGAUGCUAUUUGUUAAAAGGCAUUUGGAAACAGUUAACAUUUUGUUUCUCGAGCGCCGGCAAUUACUUUAAGGCGUGACGGUUACUAACACACGAUUUUACACUAAUUCUACUAACCCAUGAAAUUGUGUAACCUUUACAUUUUAUAACUUUGUAAGAUUUUUACUAAUCACGAGGUGGGGGAAAUGUGGAAGAGUUAGGGAUCUUGCGAGCUGAAGAUCUCGGGCUGUACGGGUAGUUAGGAAGCCCUCUCCUCACCCUGCAGUCAAACCCUUGCUCCACACCCGGCCGCACCCAGCCGGACAUGAGUCAGGGAAGUGACACAGGCUGCCCAAGCCAUAAGUACCCUGCAAUAAACGCCACAUUUGCUGUCCCCACAUUGGUGUCUGUAGCAGUGGACCGAGUGACCCUGUCGGAUUUGGGUCACCAUGCCGAUGUCCGGUACCAGGCCACCACGCCGAAGCCACAACACAUGACAAUGUUCAAUGAAUUUAAGUAUCCAAAUAAAACAGUACAAUUUCUAAGA